GCUCGAGCUCUAAUUUCUUGACAAUAGUGUUAGAGCGCAGAGCGCACAAAGUGCUCAUAGCUUGCCUCACGCUUGCGUCACUCCAAUCCUUUGCCAUGACCACACUCUUUGCCUGGUUCCUGGCUCUUUGCUUGGCUCAUGGGGCAAUUGCGGAUGAGAACAUUCCGGAGGCACUUGAUGCUGAUGAUCAGUGCACUUUGCCGGGCUGCGCAGUGAAUGCGCUUCAGCUCCAUGUGAGGGGCCCUGUGGAGCCUGUGGGGCUGCUGUCCCUGAAUGCGACAGAGGAGGAGCUGAUGGAAUGGCACCAAGACUACUAUGGACACAAGCCGCGCGCGGACAUUUCGGUCGCCAACUACAAGAGCCUCAUGCAAAACAUCAGCGUUCAGCAGAAGGCGAUCUUGGCUCUUUGGAAUAGAAGUGUGAAGCUCGAAGAAGAAGUUCAUGCAUUGGUGCAGCAGGUCCAGCACGAUUCAGGACUAAAGGUUGCAGAUUACAUAGCGCUUGUGGAAGAUGCUGAUAUGCCCUCACGAGAGCAAGCCCAAGAGAAUCAGCCAAGAGAAGCCCACGUAAAAAAGUGGAUAAGCUACAUGGAUCAGGAGAUGGGUGCCGUUUUCAGGAAGUUGAACUCGAAUGGCCAACAGGUAGCUGCCGCCGGAACUCUGAUGAGCAAGAAUCCGAUUCCACUGAAGCUGCAGAAGCAAACAAUGGACUCUUUGCUUCAGACGGAUCCUACAAUGCCAGGAGAUCACAUCGGCAUAGGCGAUGAGCUUUGGAGAAGUGUCAUGGAGAUCAUCACCAAUAUCCACACAGCCAACAAGUCAGCCAACGACCUCAAGGAUCACAUCCAAAAGGUCAAUAAGAUGAUUGUUGACUUCAACGAAGGAAAGCUGAUUCCCAAUGAGGGCAUGGAUGGCACUGGCAAGUGACAUCUUGCGGUGUAGAAACUGCAGUUUUCGCUUCACCUGCCAAGACUCGAAGCCAGAGUGAUCAAGUCAGGAUAACCUGUCAAUGGAAUGGGCAUUCCUGGAAGUUGGUCAAGGGUUGGAGGCUAGAACAACAUAGUCUCGAGAAGCAAAAAGAGAGUGAAAACAGUUUUGAG